CAAAGAGCCCUGCAAUGUGAAGAGAGGGGAGACUGUAGCCAAGCAGAACCCAACUCCUAGAAGACAUCAGAGGGUGCAUAAUGUAGAGAAACACUGCAAAUAUGAAGAUGACAGGUCCUUUAUUUCAAUGUCAAGUUUGAAAAUACAUCAGGGAAAUCAUACUGGAGGAAAACCCCACAAAUGUGAGGAAUGUGACAAGUCCUUUAUUGAAAUGUCAACUCUUAAAAGACAUCAGCGAAUACAUACUGGCAAGAAAUCCUACAAAUGUGAAGAAUGUGGCAAAUGCUUUAGUCGAACAUCACAUCUUAGAAUACAUCAGCGGAUACAUACUGGAGAGAAACCCUACAGAUGUCAAGAAUGUGUCAAGUCUUUUAGUCGAAUGUCAAAUCUUAGAGGACAUCAGCGGAUACAUACUGGAGAGCAACCCUACAGGUGUGAAGAAUGUGGAAAGUCCUUUAGUAGAAUGUCAAGCCUUAGAAGACAUCAGGCAAUUCAUACUGGAGACAAACCCUACAAAUGUGAAGAAUGUGUCAAGUCCUUUAGUUGCAUGCCACAUCUUAGAAGACAUCAGCGAAUGCAUACAGGAGAGAAACCCUACAGAUGUGAAGAAUGUGGCAAGUCUUUUAGUGAAAUGUCAAGUCUUAGAGCACAUCAGCGGAUACAUACUGGAGAGAAACCCUACAGCUGUGAAGAAUGUGGCAAGUCAUUUAGUCAAUUGUCAAAACUUAGAAGACAUCAGCGAAUACAUACUAGAGAAAAACCCUACAGAUGUAAAAAAUGUACCAAGGCCUUUACUCUUAUGUCAACAUUUCAAUUUCAUCAGCGAAUGCAUACCGGAGAGAAACCCUACAAAUGUGAAGAAUGUGGCAAGACCUUUAGUCAAUUGUCAAGUCUCAGAGCACACCAGCGGAUACAUACUGGAGAGAAACCCUACAGAUGUGAAGAAUGUGGCAAGUCCUUUAGUCAGUUGUCAAGUCUUAGAACACAUCAGCGAAUACAUAGUGGAGAGAAACCCUACAGAUGUGAAGAAUGUGGCAAGUCCUUUAGUCAGUGGUCAAGUCUUAGAACACAUCAGCGAAUACAUACUGGAGAGAAACCCUACAGAUGUGAAGAAUGUGGCAAGUCCUUUAGUCGAAUGUCACAACUUAGAGAACAUCAGCGAACACAUACUGGAGAGAGACCCUACAGAUGUGAAGAAUGUGCCAAGGCCUUUACUCAUAUGUCAACAUUUCAAUUACAUCAGCGAAUGCAUAAAGGAGAGAAACCCUAUAAAUGUGAAGAAUGUGGCAAGUCCUUUAGUAAAUGGUCAAAUCUUAGAGCGCAUCAGCGAAUCCAUACUGGAGAGAAACCCUACAGAUGUGAAGAAUGUGGCAAGUCCUUUAGUGAAAUGUUAGUCCUUAGAGUACAUCAACGAAUACAUACUGGAGAGAAACCCUACAAAUGUGAAGAAUGUGCCAAGUCCUUUUCCUUUAGUCGAAUGUCACAUCUUAGAGUACAUCAGAGAAUACAUACUGUAGAGAAACCUUACAAAUGUGAAGAAUGUGGCAAGUCCUUUGGGGAAGUAUCAGCUCUUAGAGUACAUCAACGAAUACAUACUGGAGAGAAACCCUACAGAUGUGAAGAAUGUGGCAAGUCCUUUAGUCAAAUAUCACAUCUUAGAAGACAUCAGCAAAUACAUACUGGAGAGAAACCCUACAGUUGUGAAGAAUGUGACAUCUUUAUGGUGAUCUCAACUUAUAAGGCACAUAAGAGAAUUCAUAUUGGAGAGAAUCCCUACAAAUGUGAAGAAUGUAAGAAGUCCUUUUAAAAAUAUAUCUCAUCUUAGAGCACAUCUCUCAUGUCUCAUACAUGAGAGAAACCCUACAAACAUAAAGCAUGUAACAAGUCCUUUAGUUGUAUGUCAUAUUUAAUCUUUUUUCAGAGAAUUCAUACUGGAAAGUAACCAUUUUGAUAAGAUGAAUUUGACAAACUGAGAGCUCAGCACAUAGAAGACAUCAGAGGAUUCAUCCUGGAGAGAAACUCACAAAUGAAAAGGUUUUGAGAAGUCCAUUGUAUUUCAACUCUUAGAGAACAUCAAAGAAGUUACAAUAAAGGGGGACAGUGUAAUGUAAGGAAUGUGGCAAUUUCUUUAAUCAUAUGUCAAAUGGUAACAGUUAUCAAAAACUCAUACUAAGGAGAUAGGUUACAAUUGCUCAGAAUGUGGUACAUCCUUUACCCUGGACUCAAUACUUAGAAUAAAAUAUAGAAUCCUUACUAAAGGGAUAUGUUUAAAAUUCUGGAAAAUGUUAAAACACUUAUAUUUAUAUAUUACAAAACUUUAUAGUGUGCUGAAAGAAAACUUAGAAUUAAGUAAAAAACUGCAAAAUCUCCAAUCAAAAUUUAUUUUAAUUCAUAUUUGUGAGAAACUAGCAACAUAAAAAAUGUGAGAAAGCAUUCACUUUGCGAUACAGUUGUGUUGAAUAUCACAGAAUCCUUAUGUAUACAAAAUCUGCAGAUAAAAAUCAUGUCAGCCACCAUUUACAAGUGGCUCCUGUCUUAGGAAAUAUCAGGGAUUUCAUAGUGAACAGGAACCUCACAGAAUUCAAAGAUUAAUACCUCAUUAUCUACUCUCAGAGAAUACACUGUAUCAAUAAAGCAUCUAAGUGUCAAUGAAUUGCCACAUAUUCUCUCAAGAGCAUGUGAAAUGUUAACCCAUGUAUGUGACUUGGAAAAUCCUAAAGUGUAUGAAGUAGCAGUAUAUAUUUAUC